AUGGAGCCUUCCAGCAAGAAACGACGUCUCGCACCCAAAGUUCCAGAGCAAUCUACUCAAGAACAGUCUCCUCAAGCUAGGUACGAUUAUAAGGCUAUGCCGAACCUACAAGAGCCCGCACCUUCGAAUGAGCGAAGCGAUUUCGAGUCUUUCGCCCGUCAUUUGCAAGAUGCAGCAAUGCUUAUCUAUGCGCAAGCAAAUCGAUCUCCAUAUAAGGGUGUUACAGUACUUUUGUUGCGAUGGGAAGAAGAUUUAAGUGUUGAGCAAGAUCUUUUGCUCUUGCAGAAGGUUUUCCAAGAACGCUUUAAUUUUCAUACCGAGUCCUGGAAUAUCCCUAGUGGCCCAAAUCCUAACAUUAAACUUGUGAAGCAACUUGCACAUCAUAUUGAAUCAACUGCGCCUAAUAAUCUUUUAAUUGUAUAUUAUGCAGGUUAUGGGUUUGUGGGAUCGGAUCAUCAAUUAUAUUGGGCCUGCAAUUCACACGAAGAUGCUCCAAAAUUUAAGUGGGAAGGUAUUAAAUAUUUGCUCGAAGAUGCGCAGCCUGAUGUUCUACUGUUACUUGAUUCUUGCGCAACUACAGAUUCAUCUGUUGCGGGAAGCCAAGGCAUCAAGCAAGGUAUUGCUGCAUAUAGUCCAGAACAGGCUACACGUGAACCAGGAACACGUUCAUUUACUUAUCACUUGUCGGAAGCUCUUAAUAAACUUGGUACUGGCCGUCCUUUCAGUACGCAAAGACUCCAUGAGGAGAUCAUUUCACAAAAGCACAAUGGAUUUCUGGCACACACUGGACUUACAAAUGGAGCAGGAAAGGCAGCUUCGGCCAACGAGCGAAUGCCCGUAUCUUUCUCCUUGACCCCUGGAUCAUUGCAAAGCAUUUCGCUAUCUCCUCUGAGCCAGGCCCCAAGAUCAAGCACUUCGAUAGCAUCGCCAACGGAUUCACCAGAGAACAAUGCCUCAGGAUCAAGCAUUGAGGAACCAAUCAAGGCCAACUCAAAUUCUGACCUAACUUUUGAAGAAGUCAGAGCAUUAGUUUGUACCACUUUUGUUGGAGAGCCAAGUCAAGAUAUGGCAUCUUUCAAACAGUGGCUUCACAAUACUCCUUUGGCAGCAUCAAAAAUUGCAGUCGAAGGGAUGUUCCAUGGACCACCUACCAUUCUCCUCGUUUCUAUGCCAAUCGCGGUAUGGAACGUUUUGGCCGCCGAAGGAAUCUGUUUGUUCUUGGGUUACAUCAAUUCUCACAACAUGACAACAGAUUAUCAACAUUUGAUUGGAGCAAUUUCCCCUAUGAGCAAAGCCGCAACUACCAAGGAACUGGAAGAUGGUAAAAUACUACUUGAAGCUCGUGAGGCCGCUGCAUCCACACCACUAAUGACUAGACAUGAACCAGUUCAACAAGAGCCAACUAGACAACCAGAAGUAGUUCAUCAAACCCCCUCUCGACAAGAACCUAUAAGACAAGAACCAAUCAAUUCUACUCCUCAAUCAAUCCCCCAAGUAUUGUAUCCUGAUACUAGUACAGCAAAUCUUCCCGAGCAUACAGAAGACGUUGAAACCUCAGUAGAGAUGCAUGAAGCAGCCGAACAACUCAAGGCUUUGAGUCAUGUACGACACCUUAGUCACGAUAAUCUGACUCCAAAUGAUCGAAAUCACUCUCACAUAACUUCAGAAGAUUCCCCAGGUCCCAGAAGUGGUCGUGAAGAAUCAGCAUCAUCUCAAGACCAAGGUGAAUCUGGAGCCGAAGAUCAAAUGUACAACUCAGAGUUCAAUUCACCUGCCUCUAGACCCAAGCCCCGGAGAUCGUCACAAAAGCAAGGCCCUAAACAAGAUACCCGAUGUUCAAUGUGCAGUCAUGCACCAUUUAAAGAUUCGUCUUCCUUGAGAAAACAUAUCGCUGCUGCACAUACAAGACCGUUCCCGUGUGCUUUCUCUUUUGCCGGAUGCGCAAGCACUUUUGGCUCUAAGAAUGAGUGGAAACGACAUAUUGCUUCUCAGCAUCUUUGCUUGACAUUUUAUCGCUGCUCUUCUUGUCCUCAAAGCACUGCCGAAGGCAAAGGUAACGAAUUCAAUCGCAAAGAUCUAUUUACUCAACAUCUCCGACGUAUGCAUGCACCUUUUGCAAUUAAGAAAGCUCUUGCCAAAGGAGACUCCAAACUUCAAGUGGAAUGGGAAACUCAUGUUAAGGAAAUGCAAGCCUCGUGUUUGGUAACUAGAAGACAGCCACCUCAAAGAUCCGCCUGCCCUAAAGCAGAUUGCUCAAACGUGUUUGAGGGCGCAGGUAGUUGGGAUGACUGGACUGAACAUGUUGGUAGGCAUAUGGAAAAAGGAGAGGCGAACAAAUUAGGCGUUGACAAGUUUUUGGCGAGAUGGGCCCUUGAUGAAGCCAUUAUUGAACCUAAGGGAGAUGGAUCUAAUGAAUACAGGUUAUGCGGUACGGAGAGAGAAGGUGGCGGUGUGUUGACUGGCAAUGGAAAUGCAAGUGGCUAUUAUUCAGAUGGCGGAAAGAAGGAAAUAGAAAGUGCCAAAGAUGGAAUGGAAAGUCUCAUGGGCUUGACGGGUGAUAGUAUGGUCAUCGAUGGUUGA